AGGAUAUGGGUGACUCUGAUCAGGAAAAAGUGGUCUCGACAUUGAAAGCAUACCUCAAGCUGUGUGCCAAACCUCCUCACCGCCCUCUCAUUUUAAAAGAUCAAACGAUUCUGCACGUCCUCAAAAACUUCCUGGAAGAUGAUCGUGUUGUCGUGAUGACUUAUCUCGUUAAAAUACUGUUGUAUUUGUCGGAAAAUCCGGACGACGCACUGGUGUUGAGCAAUGUUGGAGGACUUGAAGAAAAACUCAGUGCUGCAACUGAAAAGUCAUUCCCGCCGAAUAUCGUCUACAACAUUCUAAUAAUUAUCUCCCGCCUAAAAUCUGCACAAGCCAAAGUUGCUCGUAACAGGAAAGAACAGAACGAUCCUGUUCCUGCUUCGGCUGGUGACAGUUGCGUCGGUGGUGGCGGCAACACUAACCGCAAGUUUGUUUCCCGCAAGUCAAAACAGUUGAUUUAUGAGUUCGACGAACUGUGGGAGGAUUUGAAAAACGAAGUUGAGCGCCGAGUUCUGGCUAAAAGAGGGGUCAUCAGCAUUUAUUUUAACACCUCAUCUAAUAGGGCCACUAUUCGUACGGUGCUCACUGUGGAUGCGAAUGAGAUAACUGACUUGCUAUUUGACUGUGGAUGUGAAAUGGUGACCCAAGUGGUGAAAGUGGACGGUGUUGACGAACUAUUCAAAAUGUAUGCAAGCGAACGGGAAAAG